UGAUGGUUGAAUCAACAAAAAAAGUUUCGCCGUCAUAUUACGUCAAUCAAACAUACAAUCCUUUUUACGUUUUUAUAGUGAACACUUUAAAAACCUACAAUGAGCGAAAAAUAAAUUUAAGUAGAAAAGAAAUAACAGUUUUGACAACCCCUGUUCGUACUUACUACGACACCAAAGGCCGCGAAAUUGUGUUUGAUAAAUUUUAUCAGAAAAUCGAAGAUAUAAAAUGUACAUUCUCAUUGAUCGUGAAAACGAAACUGGCAUACUUGUCUAAUAUUCUAGAAGGCUUGCAAAGUGGCGGAGCUAUCGAUGUUGCACGGGAAAAAUUGAACGUAUUAAAAGAAGAAGCUGGUUUUAUGAUCCUUUUGUUUCAAAAAGGCAAUGUCAAAGCGGGUAAAUGGUUUUGGAGUUAUUAUUUCAAAAUCAUGGCAAUAACUGAAUACAAGAGCAACAAACAUUUUUUUGAGGAAACUCCUUUCGGAGAAAAAGAAUUACAAAGCGAUAUUACAAAAUUUAUACAACACUGCAAGGAUAACAAAUACCUUCCCAAAAAUAUAACAGAGUUUGAUUUUGUGUCAAAAAAUUCCAAUGUACCAAUUUACAUAUUUCAAAAACUUCGUACGUCUGUUGCUGUAGAUUAUGUAUACGGAAUGCAAUCUAUAUUGAUAGACUAUUUGUAUCUAAAACCACUAUGGGAUGAACACGAAUUAUUUUUCAGUCAAAUAACCGGCGCAGCCGUAGAUUGGAUGCCAACGAUUAGACGCUACGCAGUCGAAGUGACUAAAACCAAAAAAUACAUUGAAAACCACCAAUGGAUAUCGAAACCGUUCGGCCACCUUAGUUACCACAAGUUGAUUAAACAAAUUAUCAGUGUGAGGAUGUACACCUUUAUGUGGGUAAUGUUGGUAAUAUUCAACAAAGAAAUGCAUAAAAGGGAUCUGGUUCAAUUAAAACAUUUGUAUACUGAGUCAAUGCGAAUUAUUAAUAUGGUAGAAAUAUUUAUGCACUAUACUGAAACUUUAUUUUUUGAUAUAGUAGCAGAGUUUCGUUGUGCAAUAAAUGACAACCAAAUCAACUUUGAUAGCGUUAUACCUAGAAUGUCGGUAAGAGCUAAUGAAAUUCUAGUAGAGUUGAACGGGAGUAAUUCAAAUAGCAGUGAUUGGAUCAGUAUUGACAUAAACAAAGAAUUUAAUGAUAAUAUGAUAAUACAAUUUCUUCAAGAAUUUGGCGGUAACUUUUGGCGGUUAAAAGAAAAGUUGACGGUAUUAAAUUAUAACCUUGCUCUAAGUAUUCUGGUUGAAGGAAAUUGACGUUUUUGAGGUUAACGACAAAUUUAUUUGUCCAACAUUGCACUUUUGUUUUUCUUAACUGCCUCUUACCUCAUUUCAUACUAAUGCCAUAGUAGGUCGGUCAAAUCCUAUAUUUGAUCAUUCAUAUUUUUUUUCUACUAAAUCCUCUAAAUCUCUUUCGUUUCUUUUAUUUUUUUAGUUACUUUUUUUUUAAAUUUAUAUCGGUGUACAUAAUAUUGAUGUUUUUUUUUCUAAGAAUUUUAUCUAAAACACUUAUCGAAGUUUCUAUUUUACAUAAUGUAUAAUAUAAUAAUAUUGUUUUUUUAAGUUGUAUGUUAGUCGUAAGAAAUUCA